AAUUAUUAACCGCCAUAAUUUUUUUUUGAAACAUUUAAUAACACAUGUGCGAAUUGUGUGCAUGUGGGUGUUGUAUAUUUAUACAUAAAUGACUUCAACACUUUAGCCGCAAAAGCGGCUUUACAUUUUUCUAAAUUUUAAGUUGUGUAGGUUUCAAGUUAUUUCUGGCAAUACAGACAACUGUAUGGCUUUCGAUUCCCAUAGAGAGCCAAGAAAGGUCGCCCUUUAAUUUCAGAUAUGAGCAUCGUGAGAGAAUCCGCAGCAGACGUUGAUGACGAGCACGGAGGUAUGAAGAGGCGGACCAAGAAACAACAUCCACAUACACGAAUGGAUAAACGAAAGUAGAAACGAUCGAAUUCAAAUACACAACAAUCAUGGAACCAGGAGUCUACUACCUCUUGUUCAUAAUAUGGGCCCUAGAUCUUUCAAGACUGUACCUGUUUUGGAGGCAGUACCGUAUUAUUUACUCGACGACAAUUCCUCCUCCUCAUUUGACAGGGUACAUUGAUUCAAUCACGUUUGCCGAAGCAAGAGAGUCCAUGAUGCAGAAAGCCUCCAUGGCCAUGCUGUCCAUUGUGUUUAGAGUUUGCGCGAGAACUUAUAAGAUCUUAACUUUCGGCUGUGCCGUCGCUUGGGCAGCGACGUGGGACAUCGCGGGUACAACGAGCAGUCGUGCAGUGGCUUACAACGUCCUCGCGUUGUUCAGCGCUAGAGCUCCCCUCAUCCCUUUGUCGGCUGCAGUCGGCGUAAUGUCCGGUCACAGAACUGUGAACCAAGCUUUCCAUCAAAUGAUAACGGAGAUAUUCUUCUUGUUCGUGCACGGUCUCGUCACAGCAAUGCUCACGAUGUUGCUCAUCAACAUGACAGAUAGCUAUUCUGGCUUGCUCUUCUUGAUCUUGUUCCCGAUUUCCACAGCCAUCGGCGCCAUAUUUACAGUUUUGUACGUCAACAUCAUCGUACCCCAAAUACACGACAAACUCUCAUCCGGGCCUCUAUACGAACGCUUAAGAUUGAUAACUGACAGGUUACGGUUUCCCGACGAAAAAAUAUACGUAGAAAGGAUUUCAACAACAGACAUAAUAGAUACAAAUUCAGAUAUUACAAACGCAUAUUACUGCGGGAUAUUGGGAGCAAACAUGGUUCUGCUGUCCCAGAAGUUGGUGAACGAAUUUAGCGAAGAUGAAGUCGCUGCAGUCAUAUCGCAUGAACUCGGACACUGGUACUGCAAGCAUACCUCCAUUUAUUUCGGACUUACAGCGUUGGAGUUAUUCUUGAUAUGCAAUUUGUUGAUGUGGAGUUACGGCAACGAGUGGCUGUUCAGAGUAUUCGGAUUCGACCUCAUCAAAGACCCACCGCAUCCCAUCAUUGGUGUUUUUAUCUUUGUAACAAUGCUGUUUCCUCUUUUUAAACAGAUAUCAACAAUGGCGACAGGUCAGAUAUCGCGAUAUUGCGAAUUCGAGGCGGAUCGUUUUGCAGUAAGGCUAGGCGAGGCAGACCAUCUGAAAAGGGCCCUUCUCAAGAUAACAGCCAAAAACAACGCUUUUCCCGUGUAUGACCCGCACUACUCCAAUGUACUUCUCACCCACCCGCCUGUCCUGGAACGACUGGCUCAUAUAGAUGACAGCCAAAAUAUGUGAAAAUGGGAACCAUGUUUUCUGAAAACGUCUGCUUUUAAUAAAAAAAUGUCUACAACGCUUUGGUGUUUCUUCUCGUCCGAAACCCUUUCACAUUUUCGUCUGCACUGCCCGAGACGGGUUCACGCCGUCGACCAAUUAACAGAAGUCAGAAACAAUUUUUGAAUUAAGACCGUCGACGGUGUCGAACAAAGAACCGACCCGCAGCCGGUUUAGAAGCCCAGUUUAAUUUAAAAACAACAAAAAUAAAAACAAUAAAAACAGAA